UUGGUCCCAGUGCUGUGUUUUCCGCAGCUUUGUUGUGGCCUCCUCUCCCCGUCUGCUCCCUGUCCGGAGGUGAAAUGGAAGCGGCCUGGGGGGCCUUCAUAUUUCAGGCAGCUGAUAUCUCUCAACAGCAGCACCAGCAGCAUGUGCAGAACACCCUUCUGCCGAUAUUGCAUUCAGCAACUGAGCCACGUGAACAAGCGCCGAUAACAGCUCUGCCUCAGGCUCCGAAAACCCCUGACCCCAAAGAAAUACCCAAACCUACAGUAGAGAAGAAGGAGAAGACCAGAACACCUGUGAUUUGCAGUUACUGCAGCAAGGCUUUUAGAGACAGUUAUCACCUCCGGCGACACGAAUCAUGCCACACUGGAAUCAAAUUGGUGUCAAGGCCCAAGAAAGUGCCAACCAUGGUGUCGCUGAUGUCGUCAGCGCCUGCAGUUGGUGCCACUACAACAUUAGUGUCAACUGUAGCAGGGAUGCUGACUUCAACUGAUCCUUCCACCUCCACUGUCACCAGCAGCACCACCUCGAGUGUAACGACCAGCAAGAACGCCAAUAGACGAGUGAAAAAGAAUCACGGCUGCGAACUAUGCGGAAAAGCAUUUCGUGAUGUUUAUCACCUUAACCGGCACAAACUUUCCCACUCGGAUGAGAAACCAUUUGAGUGUCCCGUUUGCCAGCAACGCUUCAAGAGGAAGGACCGUAUGAGUUAUCAUGUGCGCUCACAUGAAGGCGGCAUCAACAAACCAUACAUCUGCAGCCUUUGUGGAAAAGGAUUCUCCAGGCCUGAUCAUCUGAGCUGUCAUGUCAAGCAUGUUCAUUCCACAGAGAGACCCUUCAAAUGCCAAACGUGUGAUGCAGCUUUUGCCACCAAAGACCGUCUGCGUUCACACAUGAUACGUCAUGAAGGGAAGGUGUCCUGCCACAUCUGUGGUAAACUGCUGAGUGCAGCUUACAUCUCCAACCACAUCAAAAUGCAUAAUCACAACCAAAAUCACAACUGCAAUGUUUGUAACAAAGGUUUUACCACCGCUGCCUACCUUCGGGUCCAUGCUCGAAAUCACCAUGGUGUCCAUUACAAGUCUCAAAGAUUUGUGUGUGAUCAAUGCGGCUUGCAGUGUCAGUCCCACAAUCAUCUGAUAGGCCACAAGAAAAGUCACAUGGGAGAGACCCCAACUUCCAGUGCCCCCUCUGUGGCAGCAGUAGCUUUAAAAGACACUGCUGAGGCUUGCCACACUCCAGCACCUGCUGUAAGUCCAAUGAAUAUAGUUAGGCCUGUGGAGAGUGUGCCUUUUCUGUCCCAGGUCUUGCCAACAUCUCCACCAUGGUGAAAGAUAUUGGAUGCAAGUGCUACUGCGUAAACAGCUGAAUUAGGAUUUUAUUACCCAUAGGUAUGCUGAUGCCUAAAGUGAAUUAAACCCAGGAUCUUCAGUUAAUUCUACCAAGAAGAUGAAGAGAUGUUGAGCGGUCUUUCUCCAGACAGGGGGAGAAAUCAAUUUUGUGGUUUUUCUAACUAUGUAAAAUUAUGGUCUAAUGUCCAGACUCUGGAUUUAUUGACUAGUUAAAAGGUAGGUUAUACAUAUUUUUGUGUCAUUCCUAUACCUCCAUCUGGGAAUAGGUUGGUCAUAUGUGCUGAAAAGUGGACACACAUGCUAAUGUCUAAAUACAUACAAAGACAAAGUGAUUCUAUUAAUGGAUCCCAUUCUGUCAGAGCAAGAACACAAAAUUAAUAAGGCUGAGGAAUUGUCUGUCACUUAUUUGGUUGCAUAUCCUCUACUGCUCAUUGUUGCAUCUGUACCAUUUGAACUGACUACACUGGGGAAGGACAGACUUCAAGAAAAAUUUAACAGUUCUGAGGUUGAAAACCUGGAAUGUGCUGGUAUUUGACAUGUUACAUCAUAUGUGCGCUUUUCUCAGAACCUGUAAACCCACAAAUUAUUUCCUAUACAAAUUAGACUAAAGUUGUAACCUUGUUUUAAAGAAUGCUUUGAAUCACAUUGGUGUUACAUUGCACUAGUGUAUAAGUUGUUCCCCUAUAUUAAUGAGGGCUGGAAAAUGAGCAUCAAAUAUAAGCAGGUGCUGUUUCUUACUGUACUGUUUCUUCUGUGAUUAUAGUAAUUUGGUUUUGCUCUUAAGUUGAAAUGUUAUAGAAAUAUUAUCUAUCUUAUGCAUUUUAUUUUGGUCUUCAAAUGUGGAAUUUGAGGUUUUUUUAAAGCUGCAAUAUUAGGAUCUUGUUUCUCUGGCAAACAUGUAUGGAAGUUACUACUUGUCCCGUCUCCACGGACUGUUAAUUUUGGAUCCAAUCAACAGACAAUGUUCCUGCACAAAAAAUUCAUUAUGUCACAUUAACACUCAGGUGGAAAAGAUGGAGAACUUGAACCAUGUCAAUUAAACCCAGGUUAUAAAUUAGUUUUCUUUUUAGAAAGGAAGUGGUAAUCACAGUUUUAGCAUUGCCUCUCCUGAAAUUAUUAAUAUCAAGGCAAAUGAAAGGGAUCAUCUCUCAGUUUCUCCAAGAUAGUAGUUUGUACAAGUCCCUUGGUAUCUCAUGUAAUUGAAAGUACAGAAUCAUGACUCUGUAUUUGGAUUCAUCUUUCUGGUUAAAUUGCCGAGAAGAUCGUUCCUUCAAUGCAUGCUUUCAUUGUGUUAGGUUGCUAUUUUGCUUCAUGGUGACACUUGCAGAGCCCUCCUAAAACCUAUGGAAACUAGUAAUUUUACAAAUAUAUUUAAAAUAUUUUGUGGGUAAUUAACCUUUACAAACCAAGAAGAAAGGUGUUGGGUAACGGAGGCAAAAAGAAAGAGGCAGAAUUCCCAUUCCUGAUUUUUAUUCAGUUACCUUCAGUAGGGAAUAUGUGGAUUGGGACUAGUGACAAUAUUGAGCUUGGAAAUAGUGUCAAGGUACUCUGUGGUGGGAUAAUCAGCUGCUGUCCACGGUCGAGGGUCAAACAUGAAACUUGGACAAUUCACUGAGGUACCAAAUGGAAUCCAUUACCUGCAAGUAUAUGGCAGUAGGUGUCUUUAUCUUAUUAUCUCCAAGAGAGAAACUUUAUAAAGAUUAAAAAUAUCAAUUUUUUGAGUUGUGCA